UAAAUUCUCACACACACCUGACGGUCUCUCUGUUCUCACAUUCUGUGUCUGUUCCAGUUCCUGCUGCCAUGUGGACCAGGAUGGAGACGGUGCUGAAGACGGUUCUGACUCUCGUCUCCUGUCUGGGAACAGUUUCUGCAGCUUCUCUGGGUGUGGUUCAGACUGAGGGGGGCAGUGUUCAGGGACAGAUUGUCCCUCUUGGAAUUUUCCGCUCUGUGGAUGUUUUUAAAGGAAUUCCUUUUGCUGCCAAACCUGGAAUUUUUGAGAAACCAAAAGCUCAUCCUGGCUGGAGCGGAACCCUGAAGGCCACUAAGUUUGCUAAGCGAUGUCUCCAGAUGACUUUACUCCAAACCUCAACCAUCGGCAGUGAAGACUGCCUCUACCUCAACAUCUGGGUUCCUCACGGCCGACAAGUGUCCUCCAACCUCCCAGUGAUGGUCUGGUUCUAUGGCGGAGCCUUCAUGGUGGGUGGAUCCAUGGGACCAAACUUCCUCAACAAUUACCUGUACAGUGGUCAGGAGAUCGCAGGCAGGGCUGGUGUCAUUGUGGUGUCAGUGGGAUACAGAGUGGGAACGCUAGGAUUCCUCAGUACAGGAGAUUCCAGGUUACCUGGAAACUACGGUCUGUGGGACCAACACUCUGCCAUUGGCUGGGUCCACAGGAACAUUCGUGCUUUUGGAGGAGACCCAGAGAACAUCGCUAUCUUUGGAGAAUCUGCAGGUGGCGCCAGCGUUAACCACCAGAUGUUGUCUCCUCACAACAAAGGGCUGCUGAAGAGAGCCAUCUCUCAGAGUGGGGUCGCCCUCUGCUCCUGGGCUCUGAACAGGAACCCUCUCAAGGUGGCGGAGCAGGUGGCAGUAAAGGUGGGCUGUCCCACUGAUGACCAGAUGGUGACCUGUUUAAAAUCCACUGAUGCCCAGACUCUGUCUAUGGCUACUAAGAUUCAUCAGGGAACUCCAGACCAUCCUGCUGUUAUGAACCUUCUCCUCUCUCCUGUGGUCGACGGUGACUUUCUCCCUGAUCAGCCUGAAAACUUGUUCCAUAACGCUGCAGACAUCGACUACAUCGCAGGUGUCAACAGCAUGGACGGUCAUCUGUUCACCUCCAUGGACAUCCCUUCUCUGGGGAAGAAGAAUCAGUCAACUCCUGUGAAAGAUGUCCGCCGACUCCUUGCUGCUUACACCAAGGACAAGGGUCAGGCUGGUCUGGACCUGGCCUUCGCUCAGUACACGUCAGGCUGGGCUCCAGACUCCACACCCAGUCAGGAGGAGAUCAAAAGAACAGCUGUGGACAUCGGAACCGAUUACAUCUUCCUGGUUUCAAUUCAGACCGCCAUCAAGCUGCACGCUGCUAAUGCCAGAUCAGGGAGAACCUACUCGUACCUGCUGUCUGAGCCCAGUCUCAUGGCAGGACCAGGGAAGCCCUACCACGACUGGGUGGGUUCUGACCAUGCUGAUGAUCUGCAGUUUGUCUUUGGGAAACCCUUCACUACACCCAAGGCUUAUGGAGACCAGCACAGAAGGCUGUCUGGAUACAUGAUGGCCUACUGGACCAACUUUGCUACAACAGGAGAUCCAAACACAGGGAAGCUUGAGGUUCCUGUGACCUGGCCUGAAUUUACUAGUACCAAACAGCAGUUCUUGGACAUCAACAGUUCCAUGACCCAGGACUCUGUGAGACAGGAUAUGAGGUCCCGGUAUGUUCUGCUUUGGACCAGCACCCUGCCCAGUCUUCCAUCCUAUCACAACACUGCUGCUAAUUGAUAGUUUUAUAGUGGACUUUGGUCUGUGAGCUAAAAUCACUGAUUUUCUCUAUGGACUUUGGUCUGUGAGCUAAAAUCACUGAUUUUCUCUAAGUUGAGAGUGGUUUACAAACGUCAGUUUCUGCUACAACAUUGAAAUAAAGAUAUGAACUUUGA